AUGCAUUUGUAUAGCAUAGCCAAGUCAACAACAAUACUGCGUUUUCUAAGGCAUAUUUUAUUGCCAUUUUUGCAUCUCUCUAUUCAUUUUACUAGUUGCUUGUGCAGAAUAAUCUAUGUUGGCUGGAAAAGUUUUUGGAAACAUUUUUUUUUUUGCGGGCAUAAAAUAAAAACUCCGCUGUUCAUCGCUUCCUACGCAAUGUUCUUAGCCAAGCAAAAAAUUAUAGUUACAAUGUUUGAGGUUUCUUCCGUUCUAGAGAAACUGCCGCAGAAUAUUUUACUGUUUCACUACCCUCUUCCUUCCAAAAUGGGAAAUAAUUUAUUAAUGUCGUUCUUAACACAAAGAUCGAUCGAUGAAAAGGAAAUUGAUGCAUUAUUACAUCCUAAUGCGGUCUAUCGUUUCUGCAAUAUGAGAACCACAUUCAGAACAUUAUCCUCAUAUGGCAAAUAA